AUGCCAAGAAACUAUCAAAUAGUCAUUGAAACGAGUCGUGCUGCAAGCUUGCACCUGGAAUACGGUCUAGUUGAUGAUCCCAUUGUGAACGAGUUUGGUCUUGAAUUGAACUGUUCUGGGGAAGUAUCUGAAAAUGGUAAAGGUGCAACUCCUUUCGGCGCGGCUCCCAUGCAACUACUAUCCAUGCAAAACUCAACACCAAUGCUGCAGAUCGUUGUGUCCGAUUAUGUCACUAAUUCGUUGAUGUAUCAUGGACAUAAGUACGUUCAUUGCAAUCAUUUAUUUAUUACGAUGACAUUAUUUAUUAGAAUGAUAUUAUUGAAAGCAUUUAUUUUACAAACUUCAACACUGCAUCAUAGCAUGUCAUCAGUUCCACGUCGAACUCUUUCAUUUUGA